AUGGCUUCUCCGGGCCUUCUCGCCGGUCAGGAUCGACCUCAGACACCGAAAAUCUCAUCCAACUUUGAUCCUCCAAACAGUGGUAAGGCUGCGGUUCCUUUGGGUUAUGAUAAAGAUACACCAACUAAGGUUUUGCCUGGUAGGGUUUCGCCUGCUAGGGGUGAGGAUACUCGGACUGUCACGUCGGGAACGCACGCAAAUCCUAUUCAGGCUGCAGGGAACAACACUUUGAAUCCGGUUGCAAAAUCCUACGCGGAAGUUUCUUCAGUGGAAGAAUUUCAAUUUGCGUUAAUCGGACGCAUUCUCUUGAGGAAGGGAGACAAGCCACGACCUUAUGGGGACAUUAAGAAGGAACUUCAGGAACUAUGGAACAUUCAAGGCCCCUGGAAUCUGAUUCCUAUGGGCAAGGGAUAUUAUACGUGCAAGUUCUCCAUAGCCGAUGAUAAAAGUAGGGCAAAGAAACAAUUGCUUUGGGAACUUCCAACAGGAUCGAUCAGACUUCGCGAGUGGGCGAAGGUUUUUGACCCUUACAAGGAGGUGUCUUCUCUUUGUCACACGUGGGUGCAUAUUUAUUAUCUCCCUGUGGAAUGUUGGCAUCCAGAGGUGAUUAUCGGGAUCAGUCGACACAUUGGGCUACCUAUCAAAAUUGAUAACGCCUCCGUGGAAGGACAAUUUGGUCACUUUGCGAGGAUUUUGCUUGAGAUUGAUCUUGCUCUGCCGCUUCAAGAAUCAUUACUUGUUAACUGUGAUGAAGGAUCGUUUUAUGUUGAAUUUGUUUACGAACAACUGCCCCAUUAUUGUACUCGGUGCAAGAUAACAGGACACUCGAUAGACAAGUGCAAAAAAGCGGAACAAAGAGACAGUAAAGCGAGGAAUGUGAAUAAAGAAAACCAACAGCCACAAAGCAAGGAGAAAACGGCAGCUGUUCCUUCAAACAACCAGGAGAAUUGGAAAGUAAAGGAGGCUGAGGUGGUUACUAAUGAUAAGGAAAAGGACGGAAACUUAUCGACGGACAUGAACAUUGUGGAGCACCAAAAUGUUUUCGAGGCUCUUGAAGGGAUUGUGGAGGAUAUUAAUGAGGAAGAGGAGGGACUUGAAGAGGAAUGUUACAUCAUGGAUGGUACGGACGCUGCUGUGGAGGAUGGAAAGGGUGUGGAGGAUUUUGAGGAGGAACGGGACAUUAUGGGGGACACCGGAGCGGGGAAAGGAAAAGGCCCAUAG